UGGCUAGGCGGGUUCCCGGAGAUUUUAGUGGCCGCUUCGGUUCUGUGUUGUCGUCGUUGUUGCUUGUUCGGCCUCUGACUUUUCAGGAGGGCGGUAGCUCCUUAGUGCUAGGGGCGGAAGGUGUUUGUCUUUAGCUUUGGGGGAUCCGGCUGCUCCUGGGUGAAGAGCAAACUUGUAGGCCAAGAUACAGUUGUGUCUCGAAUUAGAGAUCUAGCUGUUUACAUGCUCAGGAUAGCAGAUUGUGUUUGUUUUUUAAGACCGUAAAAUCAUGCGCGAGUACAAGCUCGUGGUCCUCGGUUCAGGAGGUGUUGGGAAAUCUGCUUUGACAGUACAGUUUGUUCAGGGUAUUUUUGUGGAGAAGUAUGACCCUACAAUAGAAGAUUCUUACAGAAAGCAAGUGGAAGUUGAAGGUCUACAAUGUAUGCUUGAAAUUCUCGAUACAGCUGGAACAGAACAGUUCACGGCGAUGAGAGAUUUAUACAUGAAGAACGGUCAGGGAUUUGCACUAGUAUACUCAAUUACAGCACAGUCUACAUUUAAUGACUUGCAGGACUUGAGGGAACAAAUUUUACGAGUUAAAGAUACAGAAGAUGUUCCCAUGAUUCUAGUGGGCAAUAAAUGUGACCUGGAAGAUGAACGAGUAGUUGGCAAAGAGCAGGGACAAAAUUUAGCAAGACAGUGGAAUAAUUGUGCCUUUUUAGAAUCUUCUGCAAAGUCUAAGAUCAACGUAAAUGAGAUUUUUUAUGACUUGGUCAGACAGAUUAAUAGAAAAACACCAGUGGAAAAGAAGAAACCUAAAAAGAAAUCAUCGUGUUUGCUGCUUUAGGCCCUCUACAAGCAGCAGCUCUGAGCCAGAAUACAGGAAUGAAGAACUGUUGCCUAGUUGGAACGUGCCAGCAUUCCAAACUGUAUAAGAAAAUACAAAUCUAAAUUAACAUAUCUGAAGAAGCUUCUUCUGUUUUAUAUAUUAUGUGAAGAACUUAAAUCUGCAAUACUGUUUGCACAAGGUUUCCUGCAAAUGAAUAAGAUGUUUCUCCGAAAACAAGACACUUUUGUCGACUCAUGCAAUAGUGGUUAUCACACGUGAAAAUAAACAGAUACUUGACUCGAUUUUGAAUGAUUAUAAGAGUAUGGAUGCAUUUCAGCUGUUAGAUAUUGAUAGACUAAUUACCUAAAUGAUUUUCAUAUUGACAUUCUUCCAAUUCUUCCUCCUAGUCAUGCCUGUGUCAAGCACUAAAAAUCCAGCCAUUUAUAGUUUUACUUUAUAAAUAUAUAGUUAUAUAAAUAUAUAUCCCCUUUAAUUAACUCAAUGGGGCUAAUACCUUUUUGAGUCAUGGUGACUUCAUUUUAUAUUUAAAACGUAUGGGUUUAUCGAUCCUUCAUCUUGCCAUUAUAUUCUAAUUAAGACAAUGUUUUUGUGCAUAAUGCUUCAAGGGAGGGAGGGAAUGAUGGGGUCUUUUAUAGGAAAACUGGGAUAACUGAUUUCUAUGGAUUUCAAAGCUGAAAUAUAUAAUAUACUAAAACAACUCUAAUAUUGCUUCUUGUGUUUUACUGUCACAAAUUAAAUUUACAGCUUUUAUGAAUGAUUAAAUUUUAAUACAUUUCCA